AUGUGGCUCCUCGCGGAGGAGGCUGGAACGAGUGGCGUCGUCGGUUUGGCGAACUGCCUCCGGUACGAAUCCGGUGGAAGCCAUAUCAGAUGCGUAUUCGAUGCUGGUUCUUCCGGAACGAACAAGGUGGCUGACUUCAGCGCGAAAAAUCCAGAAUACAAGGACGUAAUGGACAGGGACAUGUUCAUGAACGUUUACCGCAGUGGACAGUGGGGUUCCUACCGGUACCUGGUCGCAAAGAACUAUUGGUGCGAGUCCCCGUUGCCCUACGGUACGAUGCCCACUACCAAGGAGGCCACCGGCACGAUCACGUGCGAUGUGCACUAUGCUGCGGUGAACAGUAGAGACGUAGUGUUUGCCACAGGACAACUGCCUCCAGAGGCACUCGUAGAGUAA